AUGGACGCCGUGCUCUCGUCGUCCUCGCCGCAGGCGCCGCUGCGCAUCGUGAUCGUCCCAUGGCUGGCGUUCGGCCACCUGCUCCCGUACCUGGAGCUCUCCGAGCGGCUUGCGUCGCGUGGCCACCACGUGUCCUACGUCUCCACACCGCGCAACCUCGCCCGCCUCCCGCCGCUGCGCCCCGCCGCGGCACCGCGCGUGGACCUCGUGGCGCUCCCUCUCCCGCGCGUCGACGGCCUCCCCGACGGCGCCGAGUCCACCAACGACGUCCCCGACGACAAGCGCCCGCUGCACUUCAAGGCCUUCGACGGCCUCGCCGCGCCUUUCGCGGAAUUCAUGGCCGCCGCGUGCGCCGACGUCCGCACGAGGCCGCACUGGAUCAUCGCGGACUCCUUCCACCACUGGGUCGCCGCAUCAGCGGCGGAGCACAAGGUGCCAUGCGCGUUGCUUCUCCCGACCGCUGCGAUCAUCGCUAUGCCCGGCCAGCCACCGGAGCAUUCCGCCGAGGGCAACACCGAGCCCGCCGCGCCUGACUCCGUGCCCCGGUACGAGCGGAAGGCGUUGGCGCAUGCUUUCACCGACGACGGCGACUCGGGCAUGUCCACCAUCAAGCGCUGGACCCUGACCAAAGAGAAAUGCGCGCUGGCGGUCAUCCGGAGCUGCGUCGAGUGGGAGCCCGAGUCGUUCCCGCUGGUGCCCAAGCGCCUCGGCAUGCCGGUCGUGCCCCUCGGCCUUCUGCCGCCGCCGCCCGACAGCGGCCGCCGUGCCGCCAGUACGAACAGGGAGCAUGCCACCGUGCGCUGGCUGGAGACGCAGCCGCCCGGUUCGGUGCUCUACGUCGCGCUGGGGAGCGAGGUACCUCUGCGCACGGAGCAGGUGCAGGAGCUGGCACUCGGGCUGGAGCUCGCCGGGGCAAGGUUCCUCUGGGCUCUCAGAAAGCCCAGCGGCGCCGCCGUCCUCGACGACGGCGCCAACAUGCUUCCACCUGGCUUCCUGGAGCGCACGCGCGGGCAGGGGAUGGUGACCACGGGGUGGCUUCCGCAGAUGAGCAUACUGGCGCACGCCGCCGUGGGCGGGUUCCUCACGCACUGCGGCCGGAACUCGCUCAUCGAGGGGCUCCUGUUUGGGCACCCGCUUGUCAUGCUGCCCAUCUUCGGCGACCAAGGCCCGAAUGCGCGGCAAAUGGAGGCGAAGAAGGUAGGACUGCAGGUGGCGAGGGACGAGAACGAUGGCUCGUUCGACCGCCAUGACGUCGCGACCGCCGUUCAGGCCGUCAUGGUUGAUGGACACGCCAGGAGGGGCUUCCUAGCUGGCGCAGCCAAGAUGCAGCAGGUUGUAGCCAAUAAGGAACUCCAAGAAGGGUACGUCGACCAAUUUGUACAUCAGCUUAGAUCUUAUUACACCGUUGGUGGCGAUUUCACUACUCCCUCCCUGCCCACCUUCACCUCUAGCUAAGACUUCAUGAAUAUAAACAUCGCCGCCCAUAUGCCCAUCUUAAUUCUACCACAAGAAGAGACAC